UCAAGGUCGUUUUUUCCGGACACGUCGAUCGCAAGUUCUUUAUGAAAUGACGACAUUUUUAUGUGUCUCAUUUCCCUGAACGUAACACUAAGGUUAUCAACUAAAUAUUUUGCAUUUUUCGUAAUUCAUAAGACAGCUGGUCCGGUUCACUGAUAGCAGAAAUGGACGCUUUGUACCACCAAACUAACCGGCUGGUACAAGAGGUACAGUCGGAGCUUGGUCGCCUAGAACGAGCAGCUGGCGGGGAGACGCAUUUACUAGAGAAUGAAAUACAGGCCCGAAUAGACCAGAUAGUCAGCCACUGUGAGCGCCUAGACAUUCUUGUGAAUAAGGAACCUCCUACGCGACGCCCCAAUGCCAAGGUUCGCGUGGAUCAGCUGAAAUAUGACUGCCAGCACUUACAGGUGGCCCUGAGAAAUAUGCAGCAUCGCAGAUACAAGCAGGAAGAACAAGAACGAGAACGCGAAGAGCUCCUCAGCCAGUCCUUCACCGCCAACGACGACCACACCUCCGUCAUGAUAGACGCUGCCGUCAAACACCACGACCGUCUCCAGUCCUCCCACAGGGACAUGGACAACUUACUGGGCAGUGGGAACAGUAUACUGACAAGUCUGCGAGACCAGAGGGGUACGCUGAAGGGCGCCCAGCGCAAAAUUCUGGACGUUGUGAACACUUUGGGGUUGUCCAACACUGUCAUGAGACUAAUUGAGAGAAGAACGUACCAAGAUAAAUUCAUUCUUUAUGGAGGAAUGUUUGUGACUUGUGUCAUCAUGUUCCUAGUGUAUAAAUAUUUAUUAUGAUGACACUUAUAAAAGAUAAUCCUUGACUUAUUACUGAAGUUAUGAGAGGCCACACUUGUUGCAAAGCACUUUGCGUCUUGUAUGGAAAAAGUGUUGUUUUGGUACUUCUGUUACUGCCUGUACUUGCUUAAUUUGCUGAAUAAUGACGUUAUUGAAAAGGAAUUUGCCAAAAAUAUUUAAAGGGAUAAUAACUAUUCAUUUCGACCAAAAAACGAAUUUUCCUGGAGUAAACAACAAUUUUCCCAUACUUACCAAUGGUUAAUGAAUCCAUUUUUACAUUCAA